AUCCUUCCUGGGCAUCAGUAAAUAGGGGAACUUUUAUAUGUGAUGAGUGUUGCAGUGUUCAUCGGAGUCUAGGGCGCCAUAUCUCCCAAGUAAGGCAUCUUAAACACACACCAUGGCCUCCAACACUGCUUCAGAUGGUUGAGACGUUGUAUAACAAUGGUGCUAAUUCUAUAUGGGAGCAUUCUUUGCUGGACCCCGCGUCUAUUAUGAGUGGAAGACGGAAAGCUAAUCCACAGGAUAAAGUACACCCCAAUAAAGCAGAAUUCAUCAGAGCCAAAUAUCAGAUGUUAGCUUUUGUCCACCGAUUGCCCUGCCGUGACGAUGACAGUGUGACUGCCAAAGAUCUUAGUAAGCAACUCCAUUCAAGUGUGAGGACAGGGAACCUGGAGACCUGUCUGAGACUGCUAUCUCUAGGAGCCCAAGCCAACUUCUUUCAUCCUGAAAAAGGCAGCACUCCACUCCAUGUCGCCUCCAAAGCAGGACAGAUUUUACAGGCUGAAUUAUUGGCAGUAUAUGGAGCUGACCCAGGCACACAAGAUUCUAGUGGAAAGACUCCUGUUGAUUAUGCAAGGCAAGGAGGGCACCAUGAGCUGGCUGAGCGCCUCGUGGAAAUACAGUACGAGCUGACUGACAGACUGGCCUUCUACCUCUGCGGCAGGAAACCAGAUCACAAAAAUGGGCAGCACUUUAUAAUCCCUCAAAUGGCAGACAGCAGCCUGGAUGUGUCUGAGUUGGCAAAAGCUGCCAAGAAGAAGCUUCAGUCUCUAAGUAAUCAUUUGUUUGAAGAACUUGCCAUGGAUGUGUACGAUGAAGUUGACAGGCGAGAGACUGAUGCAGUUUGGCUUGCCACGCAAAACCACAGCACCCUGGUAACCGAGACAACCGUCGUCCCCUUUCUUCCGGUCAAUCCUGAGUACUCCUCAACACGAAACCAGGGCAGACAAAAAUUAGCUCGGUUUAAUGCCCAUGAAUUUGCUACGCUGGUCAUCGACAUCCUCAGUGACGCCAAGAGGAGACAGCAGGGCAGUCCUCUGUCCAGGUCAAAAGAUAAUGUUGAACUCAUAUUGAGAACUGUUAGUAACCAGCACAGCACUGAGAGCCAGGACAACGACCAGCCAGACUAUGACAGUGUGGCAUCGGACGAAGACACAGACAUGGAAACCAGAGCAAGCAAGGCAAACCGGCAGAAGAGCCUAGAUUCAGAUUUAUCAGAUGGACCAGUCACUGUGCAGGAGUUUAUGGAGGUCAAAAGCGCCCUAGUGGCUUCUGAGGCCAAGAUACAGCAGCUAAUGAAGCUUCAAACACUCCAGAGUGAGAAUUCAAGCCUCAGGAAGCAGGCCACAACCAAUGCCUGUCAGGUGCAGACUGGCCCUGACUACCCAGACACUUCCAGCCACUCGUCCUUAAAGCGCCGGCCAUCUGCCCGGGGCAGUAGGCCCAUAUCCAUGUAUGAGACUGGAUCAGGUCAGAAACCAUACCUCCCAAUGGGGGAAGCAAACCGCCCUGAGGAGAACAGGACAAGGCUUCAACCUUUUCCUGCUCACAUUGGGAGGAGUGCACUUGUGACCUCCUCUUCGUCUCUGCCUUCCUUCCCCUCUACACUUUCCUGGUCCAGGGACGAAAGCGCCCGAAGGGCAUCCAGACUGGAGAAGCAGAACAGCACACCGGAGAGUGACUAUGAUAACACUCCCUUUGACACUGAGCCAGAAGACACAGUGUCAAACCGAAAGGGACGGCAAAGGAGUAUGGUGUGGCAGGGUGAUGGCUCAUUGCCAGACAUAGCAGAACCCCACUUGGUCCCCAGCCCCACACUCCCCAGCACAGAAGAUGUCAUCCGGAAGACUGAACAGAUCACCAAAAACAUCCAGGAGCUCCUGAGAGCAGCGCAGGAGAACAAGCACGACAGCUACAUUCCCUGCUCAGAGAGAAUACAUGUUGCUGUUACCGAGAUGGCAGCCUUGUUCCCCAAAAAACCCAAGUCUGACACAGUGAGGACUUCCCUCCGGUUACUGACGUCCAGUGCCUACCGGCUUCAGUCGGAGUGCAGAAAGGCCCUCCCAGGAGACUCGAGCUUGCCCGCGGAUGUGCAGUUGGUCACACAGCAGGUCAUCCAGUGUGCCUAUGACAUCGCCAAGGCGGCCAAACAGCUGGUCACCAUCACCACCAAAGAGAACAACAGCUGAGCAGCGGGGCGCUGUCCUACUUUCUAGCUCCUGAGUCCGGCUUCAGCUUAGACAUGAACUCUUCAGAUUUUUACAAAAACAUUUAAUGAUGAUUUGAAACUUUUUUAAAAAAAAAAGUCUCAGUAUUAUUUUUGCAUGUUUUCUAACAGAUUUUUGACGUAAUUUAACCAUUGCCUUACCUGUGCUUGUUCGCAGCUUAGCUCCUGUCCUGUUGCGUUGUCACCAAGUGCUUAGGUCAGGAUCAGAUGUGUUUAAACGCCAUUGUUCCGAGUUUGCGACAACUUCCCAGCCCCUAAAACUCUCUACCCAUGGCGAAAACUAUAAUUGAUAUUUUUAGUAAACAUUUUCUUAAGAGAGUUGGAUUUAAAAAAAAAAUCAAUGUUAUCUGUUUCUUCCAAGCAUCGUGCAAUAAGUAGAUCUUUCCAUCCUGCCAAGAGUCUCAGAACUUGGGGUAUCUCUAGGCGUGUGUGGAGAGCAGGGUCCUUGCCUCUUCCUAGAGGAAGUGAGUCUCUUGGGAGGGACAAGGAAAUGACCCAUUUCUAACUUUUGUAUCAUGUUAAGUGUUGUGUUAUUUAAUAUUUUUAUCUUGAUUUUCUAUCUAUAAAGAUUUUACCGUCAUGCUGAAGUCUUCAUAAUGUCCAAAUAGUAGUUACAGAUUCCCCUUGCAUCAGGUUCCAGUUGGCCACAUUCAGAGCAAGAGCACCCCUUGUUGGGGACCUACCUUCCCCCCAAACCAGACAAUUCAGUCAGAACUUAGAGCAGGCAGAAAGAACCCGGGUCUGUUUUCAUGAACUGGUGCUGGCAUUCCUGCAAGGGGCAGACAUGGCAGUGUCCUUCAUCCUUUGACCCUCACAGCUUCACGUGUCUCCUCCAGAAGGAUGUUUUUCCAGGUAAGACAUAAUGGCUCAGUGUCUUCCCUUCCCCUCACUGGUACUUAGAGGGUAGACACCCUCAGCGCUCUGCGAGCCGCGAUUCUCCCGUAGGUCCGUAAGCGCAGCACUUGACAUCCAGGCCGCGGCAGUGCUGGUGUUUACACUACUUCAGGCUCUUUCUUGUGGAUGUUGCAGCCCAUCCUCUUCCCAGCUUACCACAUCUGUUUGGGUGGAGCUCCAGCCCUGACCUGAGAGAAGCCAGCCAGGUAUACACCAGGAUACAGCAGGGCAUAGAACAGCUGGGGAGCCCCGCCCAGCCUGCAAGGACAGCAACCUGUAGUUGCUAAAGCUUUGGUUUUUCAGGAUAACAGGAAUUUGGGUUAUUUUAUGCUAUUUUUCUAGUUGAAAUGUGGACAGUCAAUCCAGACAUGCCCACUGAACAAGCGGAAGUGAGCUGUGACCUCUAGGCUGCCUCUUCAUAGCCUCUGCUGUGGUCUGUAAACUGCAACAUGAGGGCUGGCUUUACUGGCCACCAGCGAGCCUCUGAGCCAACCCUGGAAGGCAGUGAUGACCCGCUAUGAGGUCACUGUCAGUCUCCUCUCUCGUGUGUUCUGUGGGAGCGAUAAGGUGCAGGUCACCUCCCAGAAACAGUGCCACCACGGUCAGGUUCUGCAGAUCAUGUGUGCAUUGCAUGCAUGGGAAAGGGCCAGCACUCCAGAAGCUGUCCGUAGAACCCAAAAUGCCACAUCACUGCUGGAUGCCUAGGGGUGCCUUUCAGAAAGGGGCCUGCCAGCCUGAGCUCGGGCGCUGUCUUGGACAAGCUUGUCUGCAUGCUGCAGGGGCUCUUCUGCCCUUCCUGGCAGGCCCUGCAGAGCUGGUUCCCAUCCUGAGCUGGUUCCCAUGAUCCCCAGGAAGGAUAGGCCUCUGUUGGAAGCUUCUCAGAAGAGAAUUUUUAGAGUCAAGGACCUGCCACAGAGGACACUCUGUAGAAAAUGAAAGAACAAGGGGCCAGUCCAGCAUUGCCAGCUGCUGUCAAGAACACCAGAAUCCACAGACAAUCCUGAGUCCUCAGGCUGAAGCUCACAGGUGGAGGCCAAGGAACCAGCAGGAGGUGCCCUGCCUGGAGCCCCCGAGACCUGGGGUCAGAACAUUCUAGUCCCAUAGGCAAAUGCAUCUUGUCUCAACGCUUGUGGUGGCUGGUUUUUGCUUGUGGGUCCCAUUGCCUUGCACAGGUCAGCUCUGCAUCCAAUCCGGCUGUUCUGUUCCUUGUUCCCUUUUCUACCUUCCUUCCUUCCUACGUAUCCCACUUCCCGAGACAGAGAGGAUGAAGGACCUAUUGAUGAGCAGACCCUGCCCCACGCUCCAUUUGGAGAAGACACCAUGACGGUUCUUACUUGCCAAAGACUUGAGUCCAGUGUUGCACACAAUUGGGACUAUAAUCGCACAGUGUGAGGGGUGCUACCCUGACCCCAGUGACUUGGUCACAGAACCCAGGUUGAGAAGAGCACAUUUUUAUCCUCUACAUCGGGCAGUCCAGUCUCCUUCCCUUCCUGUCCUAAUUGAAUAUAACCCAUGCUCUUACAAAGCAAAUGCUGCACAGACGAAAUGAGACGUACUUCACACCAAGUGUUUAACUGCGUCGCUCGUUCGCCUGUACUUGUUUCUUAUUGUCAUUAAACACCCUGUCCCUCAAGUUACUGCUCCCUCAUGUAAAGUCGUGCUGGAGUUUGUGCCUGCCAGUUAUGUAAUAAAUAGUCUCUUAAGUGUC